CAGCUUUCAUCUCAGAGGCAUCUAUCACCAUCGAUUCGUGUACAUGCAUUCUUGAAGCUUGGAGCGGCCUCAGCACCGAAUCAAAGGAAGAACAUGUACAGUAACAGAAGAAGAAACGUCAAUCAUCACCGUAGCUUCGAUGUACAGCAGGAUGUGAAUAUCAAUUGAAUAACAGUCGCUCUGGAUCUUGGCAAAGAUAUCAUGGAAGGAAUGAGUGGCACCAUCAUAAUUAUACUGAGGAGUAUGGAUGAUAUUUGCCUCCGAGGACGAGCUACAAGGAACACUAGUACUAGUGCAUCGAGAGACACGUUCUACCGCAACACGUCGAAUAAUACGGAUGAAGACCCACAUAAAAAUACGAGAUUUCUUGGCGAAGGACGACUGAAAGUCAGCAUGAUUCUUUCCAAGAUCCGCGUCCUAAUCAUGCUCCGCGUCCACCUCGAAAAGAGGUUCCACCUAUUUCUACCCAUCUUAAUGGAUCUUUCAUGUCUCUAGCUUCUCGUUUCUCGCCUCCGCCACCUUCACAUAUCCCAUCUUUACCGUCUGAGGAGUAUCCAGUAUUGCAGCUGAACCGUCUACGCCGACUUCUACUCCUCUUCGAAAAACGAUUAUCCUCGAUUUGAAUGGAACUUUUACUUUUACGAUUGCGAUCCAUUGGCUCAGUGUAUCCGCAUCCCUGCAUGCCAUCAUUUCAUCAUUUCCUUCUACACCCGGAAACGAGAAAAUAGUUGGAUGUAAUGACGUGGUCAAGUGCACAGGGGCAUAAUGAC